AUGGAUCAAAUAUCGAACGAAGAUGUAGAGAAGCAACCUGGAGGUCCGAAUGCAUUGAUCGAGGACGAGACGGGCGCGGUACCAGCGUCGAGCUUUGAAUACGGCAAUUCGACAUAUGCGAAACUUCAACGACUGGGCGGGAAAUUCAAGGUUGAGUUGCGAGGCAUUGAGCGCGUCCCAGAUGAUGAGAGAACAGACAGCUCUUACUGGAAUAUUGGUUCUAUGUGGCUCGCUGCAAAUAUGGUUGUUCCAUCGUUCACCAUUGGGGUUUUAGGAAAGCCGGUGUUCAAUGUCAACUUUGUGGAUGGCGCGCUUGUCAUUAUAUUUUUCAACCUGAUUGCCGUCAUGACGGUAUGCUUUUUUUCCACAUUCGGAGCGGCCUUUGGGCUACGGCAAAUGGUCCUGUCGAGAUUUUGGUUCGGCUGGUGGGGUGUGAAGCUAAUUGCGCUAUUCAAUGUGUUGGCCUGUAUCGGCUGGGCCGCUGCCAACAUUAUUGUGGGAGCACAGUUAAUCAACGCCGUGAAUCCCAAUGUGCCAGGUUUUGCCGGAAUCUUGAUUAUCGCUUUCUGCACACUAAUAAUUGUCUUCUUUGGAUACAAAGUGGUGCACAUAUACGAAUUUUGGAGUUGGAUUCCCACAUUUAUCGUUUUCCUUGUGGUAAUCGGUGUGUUCGCUCAUUCUGGGGACUUCAUGAACAUCCCAAUGGAAAGCGGCCUCGCAGAACUGGGACAGGUACUCUCUUUUGGAUCUACGGUGUUUGGGUUUGGCACUGGCUAUACUAGCUAUGCGGCAGACUACACAGUAUAUCAACCAAGCAAUCGCCCGCGGCGCAAGGUCUUUUUCGCAACAUGGCUAGGAAUUUACCCGACGCUUCUCUUUACAGAGCUGCUAGGUCUGGCCCUUGUCACAAGCACGGGACAGAACAAUGGCCACAAUCCAUAUCAACAAGGCUAUCAAGAGUCAGGAGUUGGGGGUCUAUUGGGUGCUUUACUUUUCCCCCGGUUGGGAGGAUUUGGCAAGUUUUGCGUUGUUAUACUUGCCCUAUCAAUUGUUGCGAACAACUGCCCAAAUAUCUACUCCGUCUCUCUUACCCUCAUGGUGAUGGGACGGUGGACUCGCCAUGUCCCCCGUUUCGUCUGGACAGUGGUUUCAACCGGUGUUUACAUCGCCAUCGCCAUACCCGGCUAUAGCCACUUCGAAGCUGUUCUAGAAAACUUCAUGAAUUUCAUCGGAUAUUGGCUUGCCAUAUAUGAAGGCAUUGCGCUCACUGAGCACUUCGUGUUUCGGCGAGGCUUUUCGGGCUACCAUCCCGAGGAUUAUGAUCAGCGUGAAAAGUUGCCACCGGGCAUUGCGGCUCUCCUUGCCUUCUGCUGCGGAAUAAUCGGAAUGGUAAUUGGAAUGAGUCAAACCUGGUAUGUUGGCCCGGUUGCCAGAACAGCAGGAUCGACCUCUAGUGGAGGCGACGUUGGCUUCGAGCUAGGAUUUGCCUUUGCGGCCGUUUCUUAUGCUAUUCUGCGCACGAUCGAGUUGCGGAUUUUCAAACGCUGA